GACCGAUAAUAGAACAGAGGAGUUAGGAGAUAAAGGAUCCACUGUGGCGAUGGCUAACGUGUUCCACGCCCACCAGUCUUGCUUAAUCUUCGCUCUCCAUCCGCCAAUCUCUACCGUCCGUUUCAAGACGCAAUCUUUCAACUUUCCGCAAUCAACUGCUCCGGGUAGCCUCCGUACGAACCUCUCUGUGCGCCAGAGGAGCGUGAAGUGUAUGGCGAACCCGAGAAGAGUGAAGAUGGUGGCUAAACAGAUAAUGAGGGAGCUCUCCGACAUGCUUCUCACAGACACUGUAUUGCAACACGCCGUGUUGCCUGAAGCUGCACUUGGAGCCGACCGCUACCUCUCUUCUCUCACCACCAUCAGUGAUGUCGAAGUCUCCAAUGAUUUGCAGAUUGUGAAAGUAUAUGUAUCGGUGUUUGGAGAUGAUAGAGGGAAAGACGUUGCAAUAGCGGGGUUGAAAUCGAAAGCUAAGUACGUUAGGAGUGAGCUUGGGAAGCGAAUGAAGUUGAGAUUGACGCCUGAGGUUAGAUUCAUUGAGGAUGAAUCCAUGGAAAGAGGAAGCAGGGUAAUCGCGAUACUAGACAAAAUAAAAGCUGAGAAAGGAAGCGAAGGAGAGCCAGAGAUAUCUGAUUCACCAGAGGAUGAUCAAGAUUGGGGAGUAGAUGACCCCGACGAAGACAUCAUCUAUGUAAAGUAAAAGGUCUGAAACAGUUUUAGCAAACCGAGCCCGAGUGAGUUUACUAAGAGUUUCCCCUCGAGAAGAGUAUAAGGAAGAAGUUGAUGACCCGGAUUGAGAACUAGAGAAGAUGAAUACGGAUAUAUAUAAACUCACAUGGCUCCUUCCUCAGUGUGGGAUCCUGAAAGCUUCUCCAAUGAAAUGUUUUCUUUUGCAUUUUUGGAUGAAUCAGUGUAACAAUGUCUUUGUUGUUUUGCUAGUAGAAGAAGUAAACCGAUUUGAAAUUUGUGUUCCUCCAUCAAAUUGAAAAUGCAAAACUAAAACAAUUGUUUAGCUUUGAUUAAAGGCUGACAUAUUAGAAAGUGG